UGUAUGCGGGAAGGCGGAGUCCGCCGGGAAAACGAAACAAGACUAAAUGGGCCUGGCCUAGUCUUCCACCGACCCCAGCAGCGAGGGUGAGCAGCAGCCUGGGCGCGACCUCAGAGCCCCCAUAUUGCAAUUCGAAUUCUAAGCCAGGACGCCGGCCACCCUCCAGAUCCAGGAACGCGGUUACUGGGAGGAAAAAUGGCCAGUGAUACCCUGGGUUUCUACAUGGACAAACUUAAUAAAUACCGCCAGAAGCAUGGAGUAACAAUUACGUAUAAAGAACUUUGUACUACAGGACCUGCACACGACAGAAGGUUUACAUUUAAAGUUAUAAUAAACGAGAAAGAAUUUCCACAAGCCGAAGGUAAAUCAAAGCAGGAAGCAAAAAAUGCUGCUGCCCAACUUGCUGUUGAUAUGCUUAAUAAAGAACACCAGGCAGAUAGUCAUACGGACGCUUCGGAAAUUAAAUUAACUGAUAAUUACGUAGGCCUUGUCAAUAGUAUUGCCCAGAAGGACAAGCUGUCUGUAAAUUAUGAACUUGUCUCCGAUACUCAGUCGCCCCAAAGAUUUAAUUCUAAAUGCAAAAUUGGGUCGACAACAUAUGGUACUGGCUCAGGAGCUACCAAACAGGAGGCAAAGCAGCUGGCAGCUAAAGAGGCAUAUCAGAAGCUUUCAGAGAAGAGCUCACUGAGAGCUGACAGAGCAUCCUCUGGACCAACCACAUCUUCAUCCAGUGGCCACUCAAGCAGCUCACCUAUAACAAGCAAUUCUGCUUCUCCAUCAGAGAAUGACUCAAAAGGCUACUGGACCAGCUCUUCUUUCGAAUCCCCUCUCAUGAAUGGUCUCAGAGAAAAUAAGAAGUCAGGAAUAAAACUGUCACCUAAUGAUACGAUAAGUAAUACAUAUACCAUGGAAUGCAGGUUUCAGAAGGAUUUUGAAGACAUAGAAAAAAUUGGCUCAGGUGGAUUUGGUCAAGUUUUCAAAGCAAAACACAAAAUUGAUGGGAAGACUUAUGCUAUAAAGCGUGUUAAAUAUAACAAAGAUAGGAAGGCUGUGCGUGAAGUAAAAGCGCUGGCAACGCUCAAUCAUGUCAACAUUGUUCAAUAUCAUUCUUGUUGGCUGGAAGAGGACUACAAUCCUAAGAAGAUCAUAGAUGGCAAUUCAAGUCGAUCAAAGACCCAGUACCUUUUCAUUCAAAUGGAAUUCUGUGAUAAAGGAACUUUGGAGAACUGGUUGGCAAAUGAAGAGCAGAAGAAAACAGACAAAGAUUUACUUUUGGAAUUAUUUGAACAAAUAACGACAGGGGUGGAUUAUAUACAUUCAAAAGCUUUGAUUCACAGAGAUCUUAAGCCAGGUAAUAUAUUUUUAGUAGAUGAAAAACACAUAAAGAUUGGCGACUUUGGCCUUGUAACAGACCUGGAUAUUGAUGGAAAUCGAACAAAGGAAACAGGAAGUCUUCUAUACAUGAGUCCAGAACAGAUAUUUUCACAGAAAUAUGGAAAAGAAGUGAACAUCUUUGCUUUAGGCCUUAUUCUAGCGGAACUUCUGCACAUAUGCAUCACUGUUUCAGAAAAAGUACAGUUUUUCCAAAAAUUAAGAGAAGGCAUCUUCCCCGAUGAUACAUUUGACAACAAAGAAAAAAGCCUUCUUAGGAGAUUGCUCUUGAAGGAACCCAAGGAACGACCUAGUACAUCUGAAAUUUUGAGGAUCUUGGCUGAAUGGAAGAACAACUCGGAGCAAAAGAAAAGACACACACAUUAGGGUCUUCUAAAAAAUUGUUCCACCUUGGACAUGUGGCCUUCCUUGAUCUACCUACUUAGUCUGAGCUGGAACAUUUGUAGAUACUGUAAUUAAGUUUUAGGAAACUUAAGACAAGAAAAACUUCUUGCACAAAAGUUUUUAUUAUUUCAAGAAUGUUUUUAAAAAGUUAGUCUUCGACAAUUCCAUCCAUGUAUUGCAUUUCGAUCAUCCUCACCUCCACCCUCCUCGGACACCCAUGCCAACAUGAACUGUGCCCUCUGCUGCACAUGCCUCAUCAUGUGAACUGCAGCUUCUGACUUUGGGAGUCCAAAUAAAUCUCCUUGUCCUUAAAAUGCCUCUCUCAGGUAGUCACUGUGAUGAGAAAGCCAUGAAAUGGAACCAGAAGGAGGGUUUUGUGGCAAUAAAUCUGCCACAUGGUUCCUGGGCUUUCAGAGCUGGUUUGUGGGAGGAAUGUGGAAAAGUUUGGAGCUGCAGGCUGAAGAAGUCUUAUUUGUGUUUUAAUAAAGAAAGCUUGCCUGAAGAUCAAAGUGCAAAGCAGCCACACUAGUCAGCCAUACAGGCCAGGCAGUGGUGGCUCAUACCAUUAAUCCCAGCACUGGGGAGGUGGAGACAGGAGUGAUAUAACUGAGCGGAUAGAGGGAUAUAAAGGGGAAGAGACAGGAACUCACUGGACCCUGGAAGAAAUUCCAAAACAUUCAGACUAGGGCAUGGGGGCUCUUUCCUACUUUUUGCCAGGGUUACAGCGUAAAUGAGGAAAGAAAGAGGACUAGUAGAUGUGAAAGAGCAUGAAGAUUUGAAAAACGAGUAACUUAAAAUACAAGGUAGGUGCAGAGUGGCAAUAAUUAGAGACUAGUGCUAUUAAAGAGGAACCAUGCACUUCACACUGCUGGUCACUGCUGGCAUUAUAGGAACAAGACUACACCCAUGGAAGGCUAUAGUGUGAAAAUGAAAAGCCCCCGGAAGGCCUUGCAUGUCAGAAGUUCAAGCAGGGAUACCCAGAGGAGUGGUCUUUCUGUUUUAGUGUGCAGGGCCUCAGAGAAUGCUACAGCCACAGCCUGAGUGGCUCGUUUACAUUUCAAGAUGGCGGCAGGACUUGUCACCAUUCAUGCUGGUUUUGCAGGAAAGCAGAACACAAGGGUCUUGAGGGUCUUGGGGGUCAGAGAUGCUUGUCCAAUGGUUCCUGAAGAAGCCUGUGAGAGCUGUGUGCAAUAUGGUGGUCAGAUUCCUUGAAGAAAGGCUCUGAGAGGCUUUGAAGCUAUGAAGGUGAAACCUAAGUUUUAAGACAGACCCUGGGACGUUGGAGAGGACAAGAACGUAGAAUGUCUGCUGAAGGAGUGGUCACUGAUGGGAGCCAGCCCAGUGAAGCUCAGAUAAUGCCACUGUGUAUAUUCCAGAUACUGAACACUGAGAGGCAGCAUUUGUUGGCCCUGCGUGGAUUUACUUUUGCAUUGGACCAGUCUUUUCUUGCUGUUAUCCAAGACUUCCUUUUUAGAAUGGGGAUUUUCUUUUGCUUGUUUGUACACUGUAAUAAUUGUCUUAUAGGGACUAAGAAUUGAAAGUUCUCCUUUGCUUCUCAAAGCACUUUGGACGUUUGAAUGGUGUUGACUAUUAAGAGUCUGGGAACUCCUGAGGUAGGCCUGAAAGCAUUUUGGAUUAUGGGAUGGCCAUGAGCCAACAAGGACUUGAACACCCCCCCACACACACACACACACACCAGCACCAGGAACAGAGGCUUUUGCCAAAUCUUUCCUGCCAUGAAGAAUGGUAUGAUCUGAUGUUGAGUCAAAAUAAAUCUCUUCUGCUUCAA